AUGGUUUCGUGGCCGUGCGCUCUCGCGGCCGUCUUUACGAGUCGUGAUGGCCCUCAAGCAUGGAUCCAGCUCAUUGUAAUCACAGUUUCUAGCAUCAUGCCUGUAUUCAUGCUCUUCAGGCAUCGCAAAUCCGGAAGUCAAUCUUAUUCGCUCCUUGAAACCGCUAUUGAUGGCUUGGUCGCAUUGCUCCUGGUCGGGGUAUACACCUCCGGAAUGAUCCUCCUUUCUACUCAACGGAUUAGCGAAUGGGAAUCUCCCUGGGACUACACGAUUGCCCGUGGUCUUCCCCAGGUUUACUCCAACCUCUCAUGUAUCAUCCUCGGUCUGUUAUAUUUGCGCACCUUUUCUCAAGGCUUCUUCCAAAAAUGCAUCAUGCCUAUGCUCAAGGCCCGCCGCGUCAACUACACCCUUUGCCCAGCCUGUGACCAAUUUGUGGAUGUUCCGAUAACCAAGAGUCAGGAUGUGACUAUGAGCGCGGCGGGACAGGAAAGAUCCUUUGGCUCGAUUGAUAGUCUUCGGGGUUUGUACUGUGAUGAUGUUGGGUCCCAGCUGUUGCUACCCGAGAGCUCCUUAGGCAUGGAGGACCAAUCUAUCACGAUGAAAGAGGAUCUUGUUAGCAUUGCCCAAACCGACCAGCUGGACAAGCUUCGUCAUCUCUUGGACCUCGAGAUAGCGCAGAACCCCCAGUUCCUAACUAGCCCUAUCCAUCUCACCACCCCGGCCAUAGAAGCCGCGUGCUGCGCAGCGGCGCGCAGUAAUAACCCUGCAGCGCUGGAUAUCCUUCUGGAUAGCGGCUGUUCAAUAACGUUGGAUCCAAUCCUAGACGCUCUACACCUAAAGCACACAGCCAUUCUAGAUUGCAUCCUUGCUCAUAACUGGGACAUCAACUCGACUUUCAGUCACUUUGACAACGCUCUGAUUGUGGCGGCACGGGAGCGCGAUGUCGAGCUAGUCCAAUUCCUGCUGUCUCGCGGUGCCAAUCCUGACUCAAAGAGCUUCGAAAACCCAUUUAAGAACGCGAUUGAAACGGCAGCUUUUACUGGUUCGAUCCCGGUGGCUGAUGCACUCUUGAAUGCCGGGGCGGGUUUGAAGGGGUGUUCCGCACUGAGUAGAGCGGCGGGCGGGGGGCAUGUUGCGAUGGUAGCGUUCCUGCUGGAACGCGGCGCGGCGAUUGAUGAGGUCCCCAUCAACCCGUAUAUUGUGGGGGACCCGUGGGAACCAGAUGAGAAGAAUGCGCUGUGCGAGGCAGCCUGGCGGGGACAGGCUGCGGUGGUGGAAUUCCUGCUGGAAAAAGGGGCGGAUCCUAGUAUCAGAGACACAAAAGGCAGAUCGGCGUUGGAGCUCGCGAAAUCUGGAGGACAUGAGUCCUGCAUGAAGCUGCUGGACCACUAG